AUGUUGCGUUUAACAUUUACUGUGUUAUACGCAUUGGUUGCUCUAGCGGCAGCUAGACAAUUACCGCAAUCCGCUUACAUCGAGGAGUUGUUGCAAACUAGUAAUUUUGAUCCCCGACAUUCCGAUGAUUUACAAGAGGAUGCCCGCCUUGAUGUGCCCGAAUUGGUCCGAAAAUACAACUAUCCGCUAGAAGUGCACAGCGUGACGACUAAAGAUGGAUACAUAUUGGAGAUGCAUCGCAUUCCUCAUGGUCGGGAUGCCAACAACACCCCGAACCGCAAGAAGCCUAUAGUCUUUUUGAUGCACGGGCUGCUUUCUUCUUCAGCUGAUUGGAUAACGAUGGGGCCUGGCACUGCGUUCGCGUACAUUCUCGCUGAAGCUGGUUUUGACGUUUGGCUGGGUAAUGCUCGUGGAAACUAUUAUUCUCGCAAGCAUCUUCGCUUGAAACCGGAUGCUUUAUUAAAUACAGCGUUUUGGGAAUUCUCUUGGGACGAAAUUGGAAACAUAGAUUUGCCCAGUAUGAUAGAUUAUGCUCUUGAAUAUACCGGAAAAGAUAAAUUACAUUACAUUGGUCAUUCACAAGGAACUACGGCAUUCUUUGUAAUGUGUUCUCUUCGGCCUGAAUACAAUGAAAAGAUUAUUGCCAUGCAUGCGUUCGCUCCUGUUGCGUACAUGGCACACAACCGGAGUCCUUUGCUUAACACUUUGGCUCCGCAUGCUAAAAAUCUCGAGUCUAUCGGUGCACUUAUUGGCAUCGGAGAGUUUUUACCUAACAACAAGAUUAUGACAUGGGCGGGACAAGCGCUUUGUAGAGAUGAAGUAGUUUUUCAGCCAAUUUGUAGCAGCAUAAUGUUUCUUGUAGGUGGAUGGAACGAAGAACAAUUUAAUGCAACAAUGUUUCCAGUCAUAUUGGGUCACACUCCUGCUGGUGCAGCUGUAAGACAGUUUGUUCACUAUGGUCAAGGUAUCGCUGAUAAAGGAUUCCGUCGCUAUGAUCACGGCUCCUUGAAAAAUUUGAGGGUUUAUGGCAGUAGAAAACCACCGAACUAUGAUUUGUCAAAUGUUGUGGUUCCUGCAUUUUUACACUAUUCUGAUAAUGACCCGUUAGCGCAUGUAAAUGAUGUGGAUCGCCUAUUCAGAGAACUGGGAGCAGGAAUCAAGAUUCGAGUGCCAAUGACUUUCUUCAGUCAUUUAGAUUUCAUAUGGGGAAUAGACGCUAAAACGUUAUUGUAUGAUAGAGUUAUCAAUCUGAUGAGAUCUGUCGACCCCCAAGCUUAA